AUGUUGGAGACACCAUUCAAAAUGAAAUUGUUCGCCCACCUCACCCUCCUCCUCGCCACCCUCUUCACCCUCCUCCACCCAACCACCGCCCAAGACCUCAACAGUCUGAUCACCCAAGUCGAAAACUCGCUCAAACAAUCCGGCGCUCUCUCCGCCCUCGAAGCCCUCUUCCAGGACCUCAAACCGCAAGCGGAGCAGCUGCUCGCCCAAGCCGGCGAAUUCACCUUCUUCGCACCCUCCAACACCGCGUUGGAGAAGUUUCAGAAAAAGUACCCGGACCUGUACGCCAAUGUGACCGCUGACCCCGAAUGGUUGCUCGAUGUGCUCAAGUACCAUUUCCUCCCGGGGGUUGCCUUUGACCCCAGCAAGGCGCCUGCGAAAUCGUUCCCGCAGACCGCGCUGAACGACGAUGCCGUGCAGGUGAAUGUCAAGGGGAAAGACGUCACGGUCAAGUUUGACGGCGGGCAGGCUAAAGUGACUGAGUCGGUUACCGUAGCCAAAGGGGUCGUGCAUGUGGUUGACACGGUGUUGACUCCGCCACGGGCUUUGGCGGAUGUUGCGAAGGACGCUGGGUUGACUUCGUUGAUCAAGGCCGUGCAGACCGCGGGGCUUGCAAAGGAUGCCGCGGGGCUUACCAAGUUCACUCUCUUCGCCCCAACCAACCGCGCCUUCGACCGCAUCACCACCUUCGCCAAAUCCCAAAACGUCGCCAUCACCCCCGCCCUCCUCGCCUCCAUCCUCAAAUUCCACAUCGCGCCCCACCACGAAUAUUUCUCCACCGACCUCCCUACCGACGGCAAGCCCGUCACCGUCGCCUCCGCGCUCAAGGGCGCCGACCUCACCGUCUCCGUCUCCAAGAACGUCGUCAGCGUCUCCGGCGCCGGUACCAGGAGCUUCAAAUUGCCGCCGGGCAAGGUCACGAAGGCGGAUAUCCUCGUCAAGGGCGGAGUCGUGCAUGUGAUUGAUCAUGUUGUUUUGCCGGAUUUGAAGGGUGCGGGUGCUAAGGCACGUAGGAGCGAGGUGCUGGAGAGGGCAGAGUUUGGGGAUGGGGAGAGUGCUGCUGCGGGUGGGGUUAGGGUCUCGCGUGCUGUGUGGGCUUUGGGGGUUGUCGCUGCUGUUGUUGUGAUGAUGUAG